CUCCCCGGGGCGGGGUGCCCACUGGAGGUGUGGGCCGCGGGCUGCAGCCCUCUCCCGUGGUGCGUGGGCCUGCGUGAGCACCGUCCCGAAGGACCGUGCUAUAGGUGGCAGGGACGGCUGGCCGGCUUUGCUGCAGUGCCGUCUGCGUGGUGAGAGCGGACUCGUGGCCGUGGAUUGGGGUGACGUGGGUCUCUGUUCUCCUCACAGGCCGAACGAAGACGCGCAGAGCUUGUUUGAGCAAGACCAGAAUGGAAGAGUCCGGUGGGGACCUUCCCACCCAGAGAGACACCCUCCUGCCCCAGUUGUGCUGUGAUCACGUCACUGUAACAAACCUGGUGGAAGUGCUGAGAUCUUUGGUGGCUUUAACUGACCCUCAGGAGGGGAAGCUGGCUCAGUCUCAAGAGAAAGCACUAAACUUGCCGGGCAUUUGGAAAACCAUACUUGCAGCUGUUCCUGGGCUGGCAUCAAAGACCUCAGUGGAGUGACAGCUUGAAGAUGGGAGAUCAGGAUGCAGGUGAACCCUUUCUGGAGAUGGCGGCUGGUGAUGCCGCAGACUACGAAGGAGCUUUGCCCUCAGACACAGUGUCGCUCAGCGAUUCUGAUUCCGAUGAUUUGGGGUUAGCAGAUGAAGCAGAAGUUGAUACAAUAUCUCCUGAGGAGCCAUCUGUAGAUGAUGGGGAUUGUGGAUCAGGGGAGCCCCCUGACUCUUCAAACAGCAGUCACCGAUCUCCUGUCCAGCCGUUCCAUCUGAGAGGCAUGAGUUCUACCUUCUCUCUCCGUAGCCAGAGCAUUUUUGAUUGCCUAGAAGAGGCAGCCAAGUUGUCUGUGCCCUCGAUGCCUGAAGAUAAUGUUGUCGAUGGGAAGUUUAAGCGUCCAUUGCCUCCAACCACAGUUUCCGGUAACGUGGUUCCAGAAAGCCUGGGAAAGCAAGCCAAACCAGUGCAGGCUCCCAAAACCUCUCCUGCAGUGCCUGACUAUGUGGCACACCCAGAGCGCUGGACCAAAUACAGCCUAGAUGGUGUUUCAGAGUCUAGUGACAAGAGUAACAGGGCAGUGGCCAUGGAAUUUCUACAGGGUUUGAAGAAAAGAAGGGAGGAACGAAGCUCAGCUACCCAAGAUAGCUAUACCCCAUACUUCAACCAGGACCCUUCCAGCUGUGGAGCUGGGAGGAUUGUCUUCACCAAACCAGCAAAGAGGGGUGUUGAUGGACUGGAAAAGAAAACAACAGUAGGGGAGGAUGAUAAGAAACACAUGAAAACGGAUCUGAAAGGAAAAUCUCUUAAGAAGACUGAUGACUUGAGGGAGGAAGAUAAGGUAGAGCUGGGGCACUUAGACAGUGGAAGUGGAAAGGCAACAGAGGAGGAGGAGUGCAUGAUGGCGGGGGAGCUGAGUACAGACAGUAAGCUUAGUGCAAGGUUUAGUGGCGCAGGUGAAGAGCCAUUGGUGGAAACAGUUGGAUUCCAUUGCAGUAAGAAGAAGAAUAGGAAAAAUUUCCGACCUAAAGUAGAUGACGAAGGGGAGGAGGAAGAGUUCUGAAGGAUGGAGCACAUUGGAGACAUCCAAGGACUUGUAUUGUCUUUGGACAUGUUUGGUUUUUUCUUUGACUUCUUUUUCUAGUCUGGAAACCAUGUGAUAGCUUUUUGUCUAACAGUUUGCAUUGUGGCCACCAAGAACAUUAUAUUGUUAGAAAUUAAACUACCUACGAUACACUGCAGACUUCUUGUUCAUGAGAAUUCUGUGGGGACAGGACAGUUGCACCCUAGCAGGAGAGAAUAAGGUGCACUUUGUUUGCUUGAGCAGCUCCCUGGGGCUUGCUCUGGAGCUGAAGUAGCCAAAGAAAAAGAUGUGUUAGCUAUAAGGCUGCAAGGCUUCCUACUAGCCCCCAAAUUUAGAGCUGUUCCCAAACCCUAGGGAAUUCUGGCACAAAGAUUAUGAGCUCAUUAUGUAGAGAUUUUUAAACAAUGAAAAUAAAAUCUAGUCUUCCACUAGAUGUGAUUUCUCCUGGCCCUGUCCCAGGGAGGAAGACAGUUUUGUUUUGUUUUGGGGUUUUUUCCACUUUUUUUUUUUUUUUUUUUUUUUUUUUUUUAGUACAUCCUUCUCUCAUUGCCAUUGAGAGUGAAAGCAUGGUUGUGCUGAAUCAUGAGUUUGGAGGGCCCAGGUGGGAACUGGCAAAACCCAAUAUUUUUUUAAGGUUGGCUUAAUAUUUACCUUAUUUAGUGUUACAUGAUAAAGAUUUUUAAAAGCACAGUGUUUCCGUGUGGUGAAAGCCGCGCUCAGGAUGGCUUCUGCAGAGUCUCACCAGGCUGAGUGUGUGUCAGAAUUCACAACAGCUUCAGUCGUUAAGUUGGGCAGCAGCUUUUCCUCUUACUGGUGUGAUAUGAUGUGAUGAUUCUUGGCCUGCGCAUUUGUACGUCCUUUCCAGGUGGCACUGCUUCCACAUUGAUUCUGUGUGUGGAUUUAGUGGGAAUGAGGUAUUCGCCAGAACUGGAUACCUUUUUGUUCUCUGGGAUUCAAUAAACCUUCUGUUGUAGUUUGAUUUCUUCAUCUCUUUGAACUGUGCUGAUUACUGCAGCUAUAGGAGUUUCAACAAAUACUCAGUUUAUUCGAUUUGAGAGCUGUCUUGAAAAUCUUCUAGAAUGUUACUCUAAGCUUACAGUCUUGUAACUUCUCCCUCAAGUUUUAUAUUUUAGAUUCUAAAAUUCACAUUUUUAACAUUUUCAAUCAUUUUGCAAUAUAAUACAGAAUCACCUCAUAGGGUGAAUCGCCUCAUACAAUGAAUCACAUUGUAAUGAAUGUCAAAUACAGUAGUUUUUCACACAGAAUGUUAAUAAGUGUUAUAAAUAAGGUUGAAAGAUUAAAUUCUUUGAAAGGUUAUAUGAUUUGAAACUCAAAUUAUUUCAGGUCAGUUUGGACUGACAUUUUUUUGCCAGUAUCCUACAUUGACCAACCCCAAUGUUAGUAUUUAUAACCACGUAGUGAAAGACAACUUCGUUUAGAAUUUGUGAUCGAUCUUGCUGGACUGUGCUUGCUCAAACUCUGAUGGGUACUUGAGGAGGUUACUUCCUUUUGGGGGGUGUCAGCAACUUAUCAAUAACUGACUGGUAGGCCCAAAUCAUUUGGGUCUUUGUGUUUGAACAGAUGAAUCAUCUGGCAGCAGAAGCAGAAAAUAACGUAAAAUGAGUAAUAUUAGUCCAUCUUUUGAAAUUCACCUUUUUGUUUUAAAAGCAGAAUGUCUUUUCUCAUGAGUAUAUGGUUUGAUGCACUUUCAUUAAUGGGUCUUUGCUAAAUAGAUCAGUUCUUCAGUGCAUGUGCAUGGGACAUAACAAUUCCAAAUGGAUAGAUUUUGGUUUCCAGUGGAUAAUUGAUGUGCUGAUCAAAAUUAAAAUAGUGGCCGUUUCAGAAUGGAAGCUGCUGCCAAGAGUAUGGCACGCUGGUUGUAAGAUACGCGUUAUUUCCCAACAAAAAACGUAGCUCAGUACAAACUUCCUGGGUUUAUAACUUCUGCUUGCCUAGGGUGAAGAACAGGUAGGACCGUACCAAAAUUCCAUUGCUGUUAAUGGGGUCGCUGUGGUCUGGGGCACAGCUGAAUAAAGUGGACGCAUGCCUGUUUUAUGAAGACAUCGUAAGCUUAAUA